AUGGCCAAAACAAACCCCAGAGAGAGAGAGAGAGAAAGAGAGCGAGAGUGAUAGAUAAAUAGAUAGAGGCGUGUUGGAUAUAUCCAGGCUUGCGUUCUCUUUCCCCUUCCUCUCGGCCGUACUGGAGAUGCUCACCGUGGCAGACACCCAUACAUUCUCAUGUCAUUAAUUACAGGAAGGAGCUCACAGCCUAGCAGUCCGGUCCAUUAGCCAAUCAAAAGUCCGGUCCAGUCUGGCCCAGGUUGGAGUGAAUCUGAGUCAAUCUGCUGGCUCUGCUAGAGAGGAACUCUUCAUGGUGACAUUACACCUGAUUCGGAUGCCUGUCUGUGUGGAUCUAGCUGGCGAUGUACCUGACUACGAAUCCUUGCUGGGCCUCAGAUAGAACUGGAGGGAAGGGUGAGUAGAGUACCCAGGCACUUAGGGAUGUUCAUAUUUCCCUUACAAGACGAUUCGAUACGUAUCUAGAUACAUGGGCUCCGAUACGAUACAGGAACUAUACGUUUUAGUUUGAAACUAUUCGGUGCGAUUCGGUUUGAUUAGAAGAACGAAUCUAUGUGAUUCGGUUUGAUGCGAUACGAUUCGAUGCGCUCAAUUUUUUUGCAUAAACACAUUCAUUUUUCAUUCAAAAUAAAAAUCUGCUGCUGAUGGAGCUCCUGAGCUGGAUCUGUCUGAGCUGACUUCUUCUCUCUGUGUGUGGUUGUGUGUGUGUGUGUGUGUGUAUGGUUGUGUUUGUGUGUAUGUGUGUAUAUGUCUAUGGUGUAUGUAGGCACCUGAGCUGAGCCAUAAGUGAAACUGGGCAUCUACCACCCCUCUAUCAGUUAAGGGAGGGCAAUGAUUGCUUUUUGUCCCCCCCCUUUUAAAAAUGUGCUAUGACAUAGCCAAUAUAUAUAAUAUAUAGCACAACUUUGGAUUUCACCCCAGUCUCAUAAUCAAAUGGUUUAGACCGUUUGGAAGUUUUGAGUGAGCUUCUCUUUGAUCUUCCGCUUCGACCAUGCAUUGUGGGUAGAAAAAUAUCUAAAAUCCUACCUAGAACCAGAUGAGAGUUGUCUCCGUUGGUAUCUUAGGCUACUUUUAUUCCGCUAAAACACAAUUUUCAACAGUGCAUUUGAUAAAAAAUGACCUAGCAAAUUAUAUUGGUUGUCACUCAACUAAUAAAGCCUAAUAUUGUGCAAGCCAUUUUACAAAAUUUGAAUGCUGAAGGUGACGUGCAGAUGUGCCAGAUCAGGAAUAGGCCUGCCUCUCUUUGGUCAGUGGGCGAAGCUGCACACAGCGUGCAGUUUGACUAGGCUACUGAUAUUGCCUGGGGUUGUUUGGCAUGCAAAAUGAAGGAGAGAACGCAGUUUUCACAAAAAAUGUGAGGUAUUUUCGGUAGAUAGAAAUAAAGUAAUUUUGAGCAACAACACAAAAUGUGAACCGGUGAUUCAUAACGUUUGAAUUGAUUUUCUGAAGGAUGCAUGCUACAUAUGGAUCGGUUUGCGGUCCUGCUGAUGCACUCAUAUCUUAAACAUUUGAACCGGGGACCGAUGUGUAUCGGUGAAUAGUUACACCCCUACUGGCUCUAAAGUUGCAUAUGCAACUACAUAUUUUGCUGUGCAACCUGGAGUUUUCUUUUGGAGCACCAGUGCAACUAAAAUAAAAUCCUAUGAAAAAUUCAAUGCGUAACAGUAUUUUGCCGCAACACUCUUCUCUACACUGCUCAAACAAGACAGCUUUAUUCCAGUUCCCGGGCCACACACACCAAGCCCUGCCCCCUGUCACUCAAGAAGGAAGCACACAGUUCCUCCACGCUGUUUAUUCUCUCAGCAUGAUGUCAAUUCAUGCACUUAAUAUAUUCUUCCAAAACAAGCAAAAUGCUGCUCUACCAUUGUACCUUCUGUUUAGAAUUCACACAGACACCACAACCAACCCAAACACCCAUGAGUUUAGGAGAAUUACACAAUACAGUUGUAAAAUACUGCUAUUGUAAAAUAUAUGACGUCUGCUGCAUCUGAAAAUAAAGCAGCUUUUUCUGCAUGCUCCUGCCUCUAUCUUUCAGAACUGCAAAAUGUGAACCGGUGAUUCAUAACCCACCUGAAGCAGCAGAAAACACUGUUUUAAAGGAAAAGCAUGAUCAUGCUUGCAUCCUUAGUGGCACCCUAUUCCCUAUGUAGUGUACUAGUUUUGACCAGAGCCCAUAGGGGUCUGGUCAAAGUAGUGAACUAUAUGGGGAAUAGGGUGCCAUUUGGGACACAACCUAUGACUCACAAUCAAGACUUGAUGUGUGCUGUAGUUGUCAAUACAUGUACUAGAACAAUCUUAUCUACAAGACAUGGAGAAAAAGGUUAUCCUGCUUCUAAAAGCUCUCGCAUGCUCUCAGCGUUGUCAGUUUCUAAUUUAAAACCAGAAUAGUGGCAGUUUUAUUACGGUCGGGAUUUCACACAUAAAAGGAUUUUUUGAUUUUGCAUCGUAGGAGCAAUCUGAUGUCCAAGUUGCAGUGAAGAAGUGUUUGAGAUUCAGAUGAGCUAGCUGCGUUGUGAUGCCUGAGAGGUGUAGCUUCUAAUAACACCCCCUACUGUCUGUCUCCUCUUCUCCUCGCAAACACUCCCUCUCCUUCGCAAAUUCCUUUUUCCUCUCUUUCCUUCUCCAUCUCACUCUCCCCCCUCACUCUUUCUCUCCUUCUCUCUCCCUUUCUCUGUCUACAUUUAUUUUCUCGAUCCCUCUCUCUACCUCUCCAUCUCUCUGUCUACAUUUCUCCUUCUCGCUCUCUCUCCCUCUCCCACUAUCCCUCCCCUCCCUACAGGAUAAUGCAUAUCCUUCCCCCUCUGGAGAGAGAAGGCACCAUGAGCAACGUCACCGACUACGCAGCCGAGCCCAUAAGCCGAACCAUGUCUCCAGCCACGCCCUACCCAUACCCCUACCCCAUCUCCUUCCAGGUACACCAAUAUACACUAUACAGUUUAUACAAAAGUAUGUGGACGUCCCUUCAAAUGUGUGGAUUUGGCUAUUUCAGCCACACUCGUUGCUGACAAGUGUAUACAAUCGAGCACACAGCCAUGCAAUCUCCAUAGACAUACAAUAGCCUUACUGAAGAGCUCAGUGAUUUUCAACAAGGCACCGUCAUAGGAUGCCACCUUUCUAACAAGUCAGUUCAUCAAAUUUCUGCCCUGCUAGAGCUGCCCCAGUCAACUGUAAGUGCUCUUAUUGUGAAGUGGAAACGUGUAGAAGCAACAACAGCUCAGCCGUGAAGUGGUAGGCCACACAAGCUAACAGAACGGGACCGCCGAGUGCUGAAGCGCGUAGCACGUACAAAUUGUCUGCCCUCGGUUGGAACACUCACUAUCGAGUUCCAAACUGCCUCUUGAAGCAACGUCAGCACAAUAACUGUUCGUCGGGAGCUUCAUGAAAUGAGUUUCCAUGGCUGAGCAGCCGCACACAAAACCUAAGAUUACCAUGCGCAAUGCCAAGAGUCGGCUGGAGUGGUGUAAAGCUUGCCGACGUUGAACUCUGGAGCAGUGGAAACGCGUUCUGGAGUUAUGAAUCACGAUUCACCAUCUGGAAGUCCAACGGACGAAUCUGGGUUUGGCGGAUGCCAGGAGAACGCUACCUGCCCCAAUGCAUAGUGCCAACUGGAAAGUUUGGUGGAGGAGGAAUAAUGGCCUGGGGCUGUUUUUCAUAGUUCGGGCUAGGCCCCUUAGUUCCAGUGAAGGGAAAUCUUAACGCUACAGCAUACAAUGACAUUCUUGAAAUGUUCCAUACGCACAAAAAGCUUAUUUCUUUCAAAUUUUGUCCACAAAUUUGUUUACAUUCCUGUUAAUGAGCAUUUCUCUUUUGACAAGAUAAUCCAUCCACCCGACAGGUGUGGCAUAUCAAGAAGCUGAUUAAACAGCAUGAUCAUUACACAGGUGCACCUUGGAAAAUAAAAGGCCAAUCUAAAAUGUGCAGUUUUGUCACACAACACAAUGCCACAAGUUUUGAGGGAGCGUGCAGUUGGCAUACUGACUGCAGGAAUCUCCACCAAAGCUGUUGCCAGAGGAUUUUAUGUUAAUUUCUCUACCAUAAGCCACCUCCAACAUAGUUUUAGAGAAUUUGGCAGUACGUCUAACCGGCCUUACAACCGCAGACCACGUUUAACCACGCCAACCCAGAACCUCCACAUCCGGCUUCUUCACCUGCGGGAUCAUCUGAGAUCAGCCACCCGGACAGCUGAUGAAACUGUGGGUUUGCACAACCGAAGCAUUUCUGCACAAACUGUCAGAAACCGUCUCAGGGAAGCUCAUUUGCGUGCUCGUCGUCCUCACCAGGGUCUUGUCCAGACUGCAGUUCGGCAUCGUAACCGACUUCAGUGGGCAAAUGCUCACGUUUGAUGGCCACUGGCAUGCUGGAGAUGUGUGCUCUUCACGGAUGAAUCCCGGUUUCAACUGUACCGGGCAGAUGGCAGACAGUGUGUUUGGUGUCAUGUGGGCGAGCGGUUUGUUGAUGUCAAUGUUGUGAACAGAGUGCCCCAUGGUGGCGGUGGGGUUAUGGUAUGGGCAUAAGGUAUGAAAAACAAAUGUAAUUGCAUUUUAUCAAUGUCAAUUUAAAAGCACAGAGAUACCAUGACAAGAUCCUGAGGCCCAUUUUCGUGCCAUUCAUCCGCCGCCAUCACCUCAUGUUUCAGCAUGAUAAUGCACAGCCCCAUGUCGCAAGGAUCUGUAUAAAAUUCCUGGAACCUGAAAAUGUCCCAGUGGCCUGCAUACUCACCAGACAUGUCACCCAUUGAGCAUGUUUGGGAUGCUCUGGAUCGACGUGUACGGCAGCGUGAUCCAGUUCCCACCAAUAUACGGCAACUUGAAGAGGAGUGGGACAACAUUCCACAGGCCACAAUCAACAGCCUGAUCAACUUUAUGCGAAGGAGAUAAGUUGCGCUGCCUGAGGCAAAUCGUGGUCACACCAGAUACUGAUUGGUUUUCUGAUUCACGUCCUUACCUUUUUUUAAAGGUACUUUAUCUGUGACCAACAGAUGUAUAUCUGUAUUCCCAGAUAUGAAAUCCAUAGAUUAGGGCCUAAUUAAUUUAUUUCAAUUGGCUGAUAUCCUUAUAUGAACUGUAACUCAGUAAAAUCUUUUUAAUUGUUGCAUGUUGCGUUUAUAUUUCUGUUCACUGGAAGUGAAGUGUAGUACUGUAUGUCUUGUGAUAUUGGGGCGGUUUCCCGGACACAAAUGAAGACCAGUCCUGGACUAAAGGGUCAAUGGAGAUUCUUAAUUGAAAGUGCUUUUUAGUCCAGGACUAGGGUAAAUCUUUUUCUGGGAAUCCGGCCAAUUGUGUAUUACAUCUAUGCCAGGAAUGCCUGUUUUGUUGCAAGACAAAUUUCCCUAUGUUUCAUUAAAGUAUUGAUUAAUUCAAUUGUACAUUAUUCAUUCAUUCAAUUAUUCUGUCAUGCAGGUGUCCCUGACCGGCUUUCUGAUUUUGGAGAUUGUGCUGGGCCUGAGCUCCAACCUCACCGUGCUGGCUCUCUACUGCAUGAAGUCUGACCUGAUCUCCUCAGUCUCCAACAUCGUCACUAUGAACCUCCACGUCCUCGAUGUAUUAGUGUGUGUCUGUUGUAUCCCACUGACCAUGGUGGUGUUGUUGUUGUCUCUGGCGGGGGAUACAGCCUUAGUUUGUUGCUUCCACGAGGCCUGUGUGUCACUCGCUAGUGUCGGCACGGCAGCCAACGUCCUCGCCAUCACCCUGGACCGGUAUGACAUCUCUGUGAAACCGUCGAACCGAGUGCUCACCAUGGGCCGAGCUCUGGCACUGCUGGCCGCCAUUUGGGUGCUGUCUUUCCUCAGUUUCCUGGUACCUUUCAUCGAGGUGGGGUUCUUUGCCCCAGGCCAGGCUGAGCGCAAUCAGACACUAGCGGCUGUAACCACGGUGGCUCAUACCAACCAGUACCAUACAGAGCUGGGGCUGUACUACCACCUACUGGCUCAGAUCCCGAUCUUCUUCUUCACGGCGGUCAUCAUGCUCAUCACCUACUCCAAGAUCCUUCAGGCGCUCAACAUUCGCAUCGGGACGCGCUUCCACACGGCGUCGCAGAAGAAGGCCAGGAGAAAAAAGUGUCCUUCUAUGACGGCUAUGACGUCACAUGCGACAGUCGGGGCCACAGACGCAUCCCAGUCCAUUGGCCGCACGCUCCCGACCAUGGGCAUGCGGACCUCCGUUUCCCUCAUCAUCGCGUUGAGGAGAGCCAUUAAACGCCACCGGGAACGUCGAGAACGGCAGAAACGCGUCUUCAGGAUGUCGCUACUCAUCGUGUCGACGUUCCUGCUCUGCUGGACUCCCAUAACCACCCUCAACACAGUCAUAUUGACAGUAGGCCCCAGCGAAUUCACGGUCAAGCUGCGGUUGGGCUUCCUGGUCAUGGCGUACGGGACGACAAUCUUCCACCCGCUGCUCUACGCCUUCACCAGGCAGAAGUUCCAGACGGUUUGGCUCUCUGCUUUUACACCACAGACAUGCACGCACGUACACACCACCCCCACACACUCCACACAACAGCCCAGAUCACAGCCUUUUGAUGAUGUGCUGCUUAUCUUAUCUUAUGUUGUCUUAUGUUAAGGUUCUAAAGAGCAAGAUGAAGAAGAGGGUGGUGAGCAUCAUCGAGGCCGGCCCACUGCCCAACAACGCAGUAAUCCGUAAAUCCUGGAUCGACCCCAGGAGGAACAAGAAGGUCACCUUUAACGAGGACACAGAGGCCAGGCAGAAAUGUCUUCAGUCUUCUGAGGAUGCUGUGGAAUGAAUGAAUUAAAUCUAGUCAUUCUAUUUCUAUGGAAUUAAUUAACUACUUAAGGACAAGACACACCCUAAGGAAUGUUGACAUAGAGCAAAAGAUCACCUACAGGGUGUCGACGGACGGUGGUGAUUCAACAUCUAGGAUGGUCGGAAAAUGAACAGAAAAUGGUCUGUGGUCAAAGUUGAUAGGACCCCCACCCGCUGCUUUUAACUGUUCCUCGACAUCGUCUGUUUUUCCUUUAGUGCACUCUUCUACACUCAAAGCAGUGGAGGCUGGUGGUGGCCUAAAUCAGAGGACUGGCGCAUAGUAAUGGCUGGUAUGGAAUUAAUGGAACAGUAUCAUACAUUUCAAAUAAUGACACCAGCCUCCACUGACUAAAAUAAGGAAACAUUUGUUGGUUCAUCAGGUUGAGAUUUUAAAAAAGGGAUACUGAACAAAAAUAUAAAUGCAACAUGAGUUACAGUUUAUAUAAGGAGAUCAGUCAAUUGAAAUAAAUUAAUUAGGCCCUAAUCUAUGGAUUUCACAUGACUGGGCAGGGGCGCGGGCAGGGGCGCAGCCAUGGGUGGGCCUGGGAGGGCAUAGGCCCACCCACUGGCCAAUCAGAAUGAGUUUUCCCCCACAAAAGUGCUUUAUUACAGACCAAAAUACUCCUUAGUUUCAUCAGGUGUCCGGGUGGCUGGUUUUAGACGAUCCCGCAGGUGAAGAAGCCGGGUGUGGUGGUCCUGGGCUGGCGUGGUUACACGUGGUCUGCGGUUGUGAGGCCAGUUGGACGUACUGCCAAAUUCUCUAAAACGACAUUGGAGGCGGCUUUUGGUAGAGAAAAAUAGCUGUGGUGAACAUUCCUGCAGUCAGCAUGCCAAUUGCACGCUCCCUCAAAACUUGAGACAUCUGUGGCAUUAUGUUGUGUGACAAAACUGCACAUUGUCAGGUGGAUGGAUUAUCUUGGCAAAUGAGAAAUGCUCACUAACAGAGAUGUAAACAAAUUUGUGCACAAAAUUAGAGCGAAAUAACCUUUUAGUGCAUUUGGAACAUUUCUGAGAUCUUUUAUUUCAGCUCAUGAAACAUGGGACCAACACUUUACAUGUUGCAUUGAUAUUUUUGUUCAGUAUAUGUGUAUUUACUGUAAAUGUAAAAAUUCCAGAGGAGGAAAAUGUAUUACUAUUUAUUGAAAACAACGCAUGUUAGAGGUUUCAUAGAUAAAAGCUGUAGAUAUUGCAUGGCUUUUUGUAACAGUAGCAAUAUACAUUAUUUACAGAUACAGUAUAGAGACAUGCACAGUAUAUAAGGAACACAUAUAUCGAGCAAAUAGGCAUUGUAUACAUGGUAUAUUUAUAAUAAAUGUUGUGUUCACUUACUGGUUGUAUUUUUUAUCAUUUUACAUUUACGUCAUUUAGCAGACGCUCUUACCCAGAGCGACUUACAGUUAGUGAGUGCAUACAUAAUUUUUUCAUACCCCCUGUGGGAAACAAACCCACAACCCUGGCGUUGCAAAUGCCAUGCUCUACCAACUGAGCUACAUCCCUGCCGGCCAUUCCCUCCUCUACCCUGGACGACGCUGGGCUAAUUUUGUGCCGCCGCAUGGGUCUCCCGGUCGCGGCCUGCUACAACAGAGCCUGGAUUCGAACCAGGAUCUCUAGUGGCACAGCUAGCACUGCGAUGCAGUGCCUUAGACCACUGCGCCACUCGGGAGGUGACCGGGAGACCCAUGGGUCUUUAUAGAUCCAAUAAUUAAUUAGGUAGAUUGAGAAGUGAGACCUGGGUACACAUUAAAUGAAAAAAGAACAAGACAACAUAAAAAGACAUCACAAUAGGAAUACAGCAUACAUACAAAGUACAAAUACAUGUAGAAGGCUACAAAAAAGAAAAUGUGAUGGCAUCACCCCAAAAGACUGAAACAGCAAUAGUUAUUUUCAAUGCAUAGGUGCUGUCAUGACUCUCUCUCCUUGGUGAGGAUCAAAAGUGCCAGAUCAGCUUGGCAAAUGGCUGACAGAUAGCCAGAGGAGAGGGGAGGGGAGUUGGGCCGGUUUUAUGACUUAACAGUCGGUCAUAAAUAAUUUGCAGAAAUGGACUCAUUUUGGUCUCUAGCAUGGGAAGAAAGACAUCUCUUUGUUACAGAGAGAUUCUUCCCGCCAAAACUCCAACAUCCAAAAGUGGAUAAUGAAACAAUAUUUCUAACACAAAGAAUGUGGGAAAAGGUCGGUGGGGACUUAAAGAACAAUCUUGUCGAAUUUGUUACUAUGUUGUGAUGUCAUUAAAGACGGAAGAACAACAUAACUGUAUCUCUGGGGGUGUACACUAUCCAGUUAUGAGGUUUGCAUCUAAUUGUUGUAUAAAACUAAUGUCUAUGUGCCGGGGGGCUAAGGUCAGUUUGUUAUAUCUGGUGUUAUUCUCCUGUCUUAUCUGGAGUCCUGUGUGAAUUUAAGUAUGCUCCCUCUAAUUCUCUCUCACUCCCUCCCAUCCCGGAGGACCUGAGCUCUAGGACCAUGCCUCCGGACUACUUGGCCUGAUGACUCCUGGCUGUCCACAGUCCACCUGUUCGUGCUGCUGCUCCAGUUUCCACUCUUCUGCCUGCGGCUAUGGAACCCUGACCUGUUCACCGGACGUGCUACCUUGUCCCAGACCUGCUAGUUUCAACUCUCUCUCUCUACCGCACCUGCUAUUUCAACCUCUAAAUGCCCGGCUAUGAAAAGCCAAGUGACAUUUACUCCUGAUGUACUGACCUGUUACAACCUCUACAACCAUUGUGAUUAUUAUUUGACCCUGCUGGUCAUCUAUGAACGUUUGAACAUCUUGGUGAAAAAUCUGGGCUUAAUGGCCAUGUACUCUUAUAAACUCCACCCGGCACAGCCAGAAGAGGACUGGCCACCCCUCAGAGCCUGGUUCCUCUCUAGGUUUCUUCCUAGGUUUCUGUCUUUCUAGGGAAUUUUUUUAGCCACCGUGCUUCUACAUCUGCAUUGCUUGCUGUUUGGGGUUUUAGGCUGGGUUUCUGUAUAGCACUUUGUGACAUCUGCUGAUGUAAAAAGGGCUUUAUAAAUACAAGUUGAUUGAUUGAUUGAAUGAUUAAGUGUAAUAAUACUUUUGUGAAGAUAACAAUGUGAUUUUAGCAUUCUAGAUGAGAUGAUUGUUUUCCAUAUUGACUUGUUCUCAGUCAGUGGCCACGCCCAGAUGAGCACAAACAUGAUGAAACGCCCCCUUUUCUACUCAAGUAUAAAACCCCUCGUGACGAAAUUCACACCAGACCAGGAAGCUACACGGCUUAAAAUGGUUAGACCAGGAAGCGUGAAGCUGUGGCUACACGGCUUAAAAUGGUUGACACUCUACAGACCAGAAAACGUGAGACGGUAGUCCAUACGUUUGAAAUGGAGAAACUCUGAAACUGUCAAUCUCUACAUGAGAAGAAGACCACGCACUAGAACUUAUCAUAUCAGUAUGCAGCUGUACAUGUAAAGUGUCUAGAACAUUUGACUAAAGACACGAGGUAGGAAGGACCAUCCCUCUCAGACAACCGUUGAAGUACCUAUUCUAACGAACACUCCAUUUGAAGACAAGCCGAGUCUCACCGAAGUGGAACCAAGACACUCAAACCCUUUUUGAGAAAGUGGUUCAACAGAGAGACAACGAUCAAGGACAGCUACGCAUAAAUAUAAACGUUGCAUUUAUUUUCCUAAUGAGUGGUGGUUAGGGUGCUAAGUAUUAUGAUUACUGUGAGUGCAGUUUCCAAAUGUAACAAAGAUAGUUUGAAUCUCUGUCUCUCCCUUUCACUCUCUGACCCCUCCUUCUCCUAAUCAAGCAGUCAUGCUAUUGUUAGUCCAGUCCACUAGGGACCUGUUUUCAUUGUAUUACGUUAGUAAUCAAUAACCUAUGCGGUGUGUGUUUGUAUUCUGUGUUAUUAAUUAGUUAGUUAGUAAAUAAAUAAUUAAGCCAAUUUGUGUAUUGCUGAUUCAUCAAAAAGGUUAGGGUUCUUGCAGGUUCAAGGAUUAUGCGACGUUCAGAAUGAGACUGAUAAGAGGUAAUGAUUGAUACGUUGACUGUUUUAUACAUAGUGAUAGGUAAAGACCUUUUAGAGUUUAAUUCCGGAGAUGGUAACUCUAUAAACAACUUCUCCCGUGGUGCCCCAAAUUCCUUAAUGAGUUAAUUGUUAUUUGAUUAAUUUAAUCGAGUGACAAUUAAACAUAGUUAGUUGAUUCGAUAAAUAACAGUCAUCACAUUAAUGCAAGUCACGUCACGACAGUGCUCUUAUUUACUAAAAAGCUGACGUGCUUAGACCCUAAAUCGGUCUUUGUGGAAGCUUGUAGAAGGCUCCCUAUCCUUUCCCUAUCCUUCCCCCACCCCCCAGUAUAGCAGCAGACGUUUGUGAAUCUAUAACAGCGGUAAAAGCACAGCCAGUUAUCAGGAUGAUGACACUUCUCAUCCUACACCGUGCCUGUCUAUCUCCUGUGACCAGCUACUUACUGUGCUGGGGCCCUCUGAGGCCAAGAGUUCAGAUUGGGAAGAGGCUAAUGUAUGAGGAUGCAGGAGAGAUAGAGGGGGAGGAAAAGAGGGAGAGAGAGAAAGAUAGAGAAUCAAACUGGGGUUAAAAUGGAGGAUGGGCUGGGUAGGAAGGUAGUAAGAUGGAGAGAAGGGGGAUAUGUGGUGUUCUUUGUUGUGUCCAUUCUGAUGUGAUGUGGGAGUUGUUUAUAACAGUGAUUCUCAGAGGUAAACCAGAAUGCACCACCCCACUCCAUGGCUCUUAUCAAACUAUUGGACAUCUCGAAUAAGACACAAUGAAAACAAUGUCUGUUUCAUUUUAAAAAGCUGACUGAGCCAAAUGGAGAGGGUGGAGGGAGAGGGAGGAUGAUACUGGGAGAGAGAGAGAGAGAGAGAGAGAGAGAGAGAGAGAGAGAGAGAGAGAGAGAGAGAGAGAGAGAGAGAGAGAGAGAGAGAGAGAGAGAGAGAGAGGAUGAUACUGACUGGGAGGAGGGAAAUAUUGAGAAUCAUAACACACUCAAUACCAAGUUAUAGAAAACACACCCAAUACCAAAGUACAGAACCCUGCUGAUAGUAGAAGUAGAAGAUCAAGCUUGUAUGUGAUGCUGGCAAUGUCCUUAUCCACAAUGUGUCCCUUUCCUUCUUUCCUUGUCCAGACAUGA